AAUCAUUUAGUCUUUCAACCAAACUCAGUCUUGGAAGUUCAACAGAAUUCCCAUAAUUGAAUGUACAACUUUUGUGAUCGGAUGUUUGAAAAUAUUAAUUGCCCAUUUGAUUGGUCGCUGUUCAUUAUAAUUAAUACUAAUUAAGGCUAUAUUGUGGCGGUUGCUUGUGUGAUUCGAAUCAAUUUCGGUGACUAAGUUUUUGUUUUGUUUUAAUAAACGGGAAGAAUAAGAAAUUUACGACAACCACCCACAUUGAUCAGUUUGUUUCAAAGUUAUAAUUUUUCCUUUCAUUUCUUUUUCUACAUUUUGAUUUUUGUUGUAAAUACAAUAUUUGAGUGAAAUUGUCCAAUAUUCGGAUGCAGUUCUUUCUUUUUGCAAUACCAAGCUGUAUACCAGCUUGAUUGGCUGAUGAUGAUGAUGAUGUUUUGACGUGAUUUUAUGGCGACUUAUGCUAAUUUCAUUUACAAAAAAAAGUGAUAAAUUGUAUAACAUCUUGAGGGGAUAUCAGUGAAAUCCGUUUGAUUGAGCCAUUAUUUUUUUUGCUGAAGUGAUAAGUGACAUGGUACUUAAUUCAUUUACGUACUUGACAGUGAAGUGAGCAUUCAAAGCCAAACAUUUUAUCGUAGAAAACCACUACGACACAUUGGAUUAUAUACACAAUUACCAAGGAAAUACUGAAAGCAUUUUAUUGAAAAAAUGUAUCCGACACCGGCUAGAUCGGCACCGGGGCCGCCUUCACAAGGACCUAUCAAAUUCACAAUAGCAGACACACUAGAGCGAAUAAAAGAAGAAUUUAAUUUUCUACAAGCUCAAUAUCAUACAUUGAAACUGGAAUGCGAAAAAUUAGCGAAUGAAAAAACCGAAAUGCAAAGACAUUAUGUAAUGUAUUAUGAAAUGUCAUAUGGCCUUAACGUAGAAAUGCACAAACAGACAGAAAUAGCGAAACGUUUAAAUGCUUUAAUUAGUCAGCUACUACCUUGCCUACAAGGCGAACAUCAACAGCAAGUUCUGCAAGCUGUGGAACGAGCCAAACAAGUUACAGUGCCAGAACUGAAUGCGAUUAUUGGUCAGCAGCAUCCAGCGAUACAGCAACUUAUUCAACAAAUACAUGCUCAACAGAUACCUGGUGCACCACCACAAUCCUCUAUACCAGGUUUAGGCCUAGCUGGACAAUUGGGAGCAUUUGCCGGUCCAAUCGGUCUGCCACAUGGACAUCAAGCGCUAGGCAUUAAGGCACCACAAGAUUUACACCGCGAUGAUAUUAAAGUACCACUUGGUGGACCAUCAGCCGAAGACAGACUGCGCAACAAUUCUGUAUCACCGGCCGAUCGAGAGAAAUACAGACCUCGAUCGUCUCCAGAAAUGGAUAACGAUAAUAAACGGCGAAAAGAGGAUAAAUUAACACAUGAAAGUGACGGUGAAAAAAGUGACCAAGAUUUAGUGGUCGACGUAGCUAAUGAAAUGGAAUCCCCGUCACCAAGACCUAACGGCGAUCAUGCUUCACUGGAAUCCAGAGAUCGUGACAGUAUUGGCUUAAACGGCGAUCGGCCAGAUAAACCAGGCGGCAGCAAUUCCAAACCAUCAGCCGAAAGACCACCUUCACGAUCGGGUUCCAGUUCGUCCCGAUCAACACCAAGUUUGAAAACAAAAGAUCUCGAUAAACCAGGUACACCAGGCAGUAAGGGCCGUUCGACAACACCGAAUGCAUCAUCGGGCCAAGCCGGUGGUCCAAAAUCUGUAAUGCCACAAAUGCCAGCUGGUUAUCCUAAUUCACCGUACCAACGACCACAAGAUCCAUAUCAACGACCACAUCCAGAUCCAACUUAUGGUCGUCCACCGAUGCCAUUCGAUCCACAUGGACAUGUUCGCACAAACGGCAUUCCGUUGCCGGGUGGUAUAGCUGGUGGAAAACCUGCCUAUUCAUUUCACAUAAAUGGUGAAGGAGUUCCGCAGCCGGUUCCAUUUCCGCCGGAUGCAUUGAACGCAUCAGGCAUUCCUCGUCAUGCUCGUCAGAUCAACACAUUGUCACAUGGUGAAGUUGUCUGCGCAGUAACCAUUUCGAAUCCAACCAAAUACGUGUACACGGGAGGCAAGGGAUGCGUCAAAGUAUGGGAUAUUUCACAACCAAAUAUUAAAAGUCCCGUUAGUCAGUUGGACUGUUUGCAACGAGACAACUACAUUCGAUCAGUGAAAUUGUUACCUGAUGGCCGAACGCUUAUUGUCGGAGGAGAAGCUUCAAACUUAUCGAUAUGGGAUCUUGCCAGUCCGACGCCCCGCAUCAAAGCUGAACUUACAUCUGCUGCACCUGCUUGCUAUGCAUUGGCCAUCAGCCCAGAUUCGAAAGUCUGUUUUUCGUGUUGCAGCGACGGUAACAUUGCAGUGUGGGAUUUGCAUAAUCAAACGUUGGUAAGACAAUUCCAAGGACAUACAGAUGGUGCGUCGUGCAUCGACAUCAGUCCAGACGGUUGUCGACUGUGGACUGGUGGCUUGGAUAACACAGUUCGAUCCUGGGAUUUGAGAGAAGGGCGACAAUUGCAGCAACACGAUUUCAGUUCUCAGAUAUUUUCGCUAGGAUACUGUCCGACAGGUAAGGUUAUGAUGAUUCGACGAUUUCAUACCAAACGUUUUACAUAUACAAUGAUUUCAGGUGAUUGGCUGGCUGUCGGUAUGGAAAAUUCUCACGUCGAAGUUCUACAUGCUUCGAAACCCGACAAAUAUCAGUUGCAUUUACACGAGAGCUGUGUGCUGUCGCUGCGGUUCGCUGCUUGCGGAAAAUGGUUUGUUUCGACUGGGAAAGAUAAUUUACUCAACGCCUGGCGAACACCGUACGGAGCGAGUAUAUUCCAGUCGAAAGAAACAUCAUCGGUGCUCAGCUGCGACAUUUCCACCGACGACAAAUACAUUGUCACCGGUUCCGGUGAUAAGAAAGCGACCGUUUACGAAGUGAUGUAUUAGCAUCAGAGUAAACGGAAGAAAAGCAACAGCAGUCGAUAGGAAUGCAGAGAUGGUGACUUAAUUUUUUUAAUUUAUUUUUAAAUCCUGCUGCUGUUCGACCGAGAGGACCGAAAAAAUGACAAAUUAAUUGUGUAAGUUUUGAGAAAUUGAUUUUUUUAUUUCAUUUUUUUUUUUAAAUAAAUAAUUCCCUCUUACGCUACGUAUUUUUUUUCUACAUAGCUUACCAAAUUGUAAUAAGGAAUUUAAUUUUCAUUUUUUUUUGAUAAAAUAAUUUUUGUUUUAAUUCUAAAUGAGACUGACAAAGAAUUAAUCUUUUCUAUUUUUUUUUUGUAAUCAUCAUUGAAAUGUAUCAUUUAAAUGAAAUUAUAUUAAUUUUGUAACUUUUCCUUUCGAUUAUAAUCUUAAAUAUAAAAGAAAAACAAAAAUAUUUAUGUAAAAUGUAGAAUUAAUUUGUUGAUAUGAUAUGUGGAUCGGGAGUGAGGAUAAAUUCACGAGAGAACUUUUUCUUCUUUUUCAAUAAUGGAAAAGGGAAAGAGAAAAUGCAACAACAAAACAAAGAUAUUAAGAAACGUUAAUUCAUAGGAAAUUAAUCAGAAAUAUAUUAAGUGCACACAUUGUGAUAAUGUCAUCAGUAUGUUUUAAGGUGAAGAAGACGAAAAAUCAUGUUUAAAAAAAUGAAGAAAGAAAAAUAUUUAAAAAUAAAAA